GCCCUCUCCCAAGCACAGUCUUCAUGUCCGGCGGUCUGUUCCCCAGAGCUCCAGAGGCCUUUGAGGCCUUCUUUGAGCCUUUAUUUGCGAAAUUACACUUGUCUAAGCUCGCUCGCCAUACACAUGUGUUUAUCGGCGCUGCACUGGUGUACCAGCUGGUCAUGAUGCUGUCUCCAAGGAUUUCCAGCCGACUGAGCAAACAUUACCCUAGCUUGCCACUAAAAACGCGUAUUAAUUGGGACAUUCACUUCGUCAGUACUGUUCAGAGCAUCUUUCUUUGUGUCGUUGGAUCAUUGAUGUUCGUCGACCGCCGGUCGUGGUCGGACAAAAUCUUUGGAUACAGCGAAUUUACUGCUGAUGUAAUUGCAACAGCUGGAGGUUACUUUCUUUGGGAUCUUCUUACCUCUAUUCGCUACGUCUACUUGACGGGACCUGGGUUUGUUGUCCAUGCGCUCGCUGCCUUGUUUGUUGUUUGUUUCAGUUACAGACCCUUCCUUAUGUAUUUUGCACCAACCUUCCUUUCUUGGGAGUUAAGCACGCCGUUCCUAAAUGUACAUUAUUUCCUUGACAAAACCGACCGGACUGGCUCCAAGUUGCAGCUCAUCAACGGAUUGAUGCUGGUGCUCACCUUUUUCCUCGUUCGUAUCGUCUACGGCUGGUACUCCGCUUAUGACACAACACUCGAAGUCAUCCGCCGUGUGAAAAGCACACCUUAUAUUCUUGGCGUCUUCUUCUUAAUUGCGAACAUGUCUCUUAACUUUCUGAACCUUUAUUGGCUCUACAAGAUGAUUGACGCUAUCAAGCGCAGAGUCGAUGGCGAGAAAAAGCCCAAGAAGGCAUAAAUUGCACCCUUGGGGAUAUUAACAAUUGUAAUCCAAUGGAAUUGUUUGGCGGUUUCUCGCUGAACAAUUAAUCCUUGUACUUUAAAGCACUGUUUUGGUCAAUUUCCUUUUGUGCAAUCAUUUUACCAGACUCGGAGCGCAUCAUUUCUGUCUUGCUGUUUCUUAAUUCACGAAUGUUAUAGGCUGCGUGUGCUGGCUGGCUCUGUCCAUUGGCAUGCGACAUAAAACAACUCGUUUUGGGCUUAUGUUUGUGAGUUUUUGUCUCCUAAUUUCAUGGCAUCAUGAGAAAGGCCCUGCUUAUUUGCUUUCUUUUUCAAGUUUACUCGCGUGUGUUGUCUUAUCAUCUUCGAACUUGACUGACUCAUCAUUCUCCCGUUCGUUGCCCCUUUUUUCGGUCCACGCCCAGGAAUUGUCGAACCAAUUCUUCUGCACUCCACGGGUUUUGGCGAAUUUCUAUCCGCUACAAUCCGUAAAAUAAGUCAAACUUUAAGGAAUGUUAAGGACUGUAGAGACUGUGAGACUGUCGUUCAGUUCAAGAAUCUCCUCUGGCGCUUUUGAUAGGAGUUUAGGGUUUAUGAAACUCUUAUGAGCGCCAUUCUAAUAGCAUAGACUUUAUAGACAUAGGCCAAUGCUUUUCUUAAGCAGCCUGA